CACCGCCCGGUGAUGGCGGUAACGUCUCUGCCCUCGUCAGGUCCCCUUGACUGUCUCCUUCAGACAGACUCAGCUGAACAUCACCCGCGCUGGCCGUUGUCCUUGCACACCGGGAGGAAAAACGACAACAGGGACCUUGCAAUGAUCUCGUUGGACCUCAACUUCAACAUUUUGACAAGAGAUCUGUCGCAUUAUCUGGAGAAUCAGGUGAAAGUUGGUCUCUUUGGCUCAGGAGUGGGACUGUCUCUGGUGCUGGGCUUUAGCGCAGCCUACACCUGCUACUACCUGCUUUCGGUAGCGAAGAAACCGCAGCUCAUCUCGGGGGGCAAGACCUUCUGCCAGUUCCUGAGAGAUCAUUGCCCAGUGGUGUCAGAGACCUACUACCCCACGUUUUGGUGCUGGGAGAGUCGAAUCCAGACUCUGCUGCGGCCCUUCGUCACAGCCAAACCUGGGGUUGUGUACCGAAAUGAGCUUAUUAAGGCAGCAGAUGGAGGACAGAUCUCUUUGGAUUGGUUCGACAACGACGAGAGUCCUUUGCAUCCCUACGCCGCCACCAGGCCCACUGUCCUCCUUCUUCCCGGACUGACCGGCACCAGCCGAGAGUCCUACAUUCUGCACAUGGUCCAACAGAGCCGGGAUCUGGGCUAUAGAUGUGUGGUUUUCAACAACAGAGGGGUUUCGGGUGAAACACUGCUGACCCCCAGGACCUACUGCGCAGCUAACACAGAGGAUCUGGAGACUGUCAUUGAACACAUCCAGAGGAGGAUUGAAGCUGCUCCAAUCAUGGCUGCUGGAGUGUCCAUGGGCGGGAUGAUGCUGGCCAACUAUUUGGGGCGUAAGGGGCGGGAGACCUGCCUGAGAGGCGUGGUAGUUUUCUCAGCUGGCUGGGAUGCGUUCGAGUGCACGGCUUCGCUGGAAAAACCCCUGGACCGUUUCCUCUUUAACUCCUAUCUCACGAGCUGCCUACAAGCUUCAGUUCACCGACACAGGCCGAUGCUUGAAAAAUGUUACGACAUUGAUCAUAUCAUGAAGGCGAAGACCAUCCGGGAGUUUGACGAAAGGUUUACCUCCAUCAUGUUUGGUUAUCCCACCAACGACGACUACUACCGCGAUGCCAGUCCCAUCCACGGGCUGAAGUCUGUGCAGGUGCCAAUGCUGUGUCUGAACGCUGCCGACGACGUCUUCUCACCAUCUCACGCCAUUCCAGUGGAGACAGUGAAACAGAAUCCUAACCUGGCCAUGCUCAUUACCUGUCACGGCGGCCAUAUUGGCUUCCUGGAGGGUCUGUGGCCUCGGCAGAGCACUUACAUGGACCGAGUCUUCAAGCAGUUCGCUAAAGCAGUCAUCGAACACGGCAACCGCCUCGCAGACCUCUCCUGAUGAUUGAACCUCACAGUCUCUUUCUUCUACUUUUUACUACUUUUCUUCUACUUUUUUCCCACUUUUACUGUUCCUCCUUUCUUUUAAUCCUUCUUCUUUUUUGCUGCUUUCUUUUUUUCUGUAGCAUUUGUGCUGCAGCCCACAUCCAUAUAUUUAUUCCCUUCUUUAUAUCUACCCAUUUUUCAUCUUUUUUUAAUGGUAAGAUAAUUAAAAACUGAGCCUAGCUGUGCAUUUUACUGAGGUCAAGUCUGCCCCCAUCUGGUUCAGUUGUAUUUUCCAA